GCCAGGUCGCUCUGGCUCACGUCUGACAUGUCCAUUUGCCAUUCACCUGGAGCCAACCGGAGCUCGUAGGUGAUGUUUCCUCUUUCUAAAUGGCCAUAUUGCUCUGGUGGCUUGACCAUGCAGCGCUUCGAGACCUUCGUCCUGCGCUCCGUCUUGUGCUUCAUGCACCUGUCUCAGUAGCUGGGGCUGCAAGACAGACCCCGCGGCCGGAGUCUGGUCGUCUCGGUCGCUCAUCGUCGCGGUGGGCUUGUCCUCUCUCUUUCCCGCCUCACAAGGUGCUGCAUUUCAUGGAGAUUGACCGCCACAUCGGCUAUCACUCAACCGGAGAUACGUACUCCCUGGAAUUUAAUUCCGCCCGCAUUGUGUCUGAUGCCGCCAUUGUCUCCCUCGGAGGCUCUUUUUCGGAACCUUGAGACCUUUGUUGACUGUCGAAUUCGAGCGAAUGUACUUCAUACAAACCAUCAA